AUGUGUGACACGACAGCUCUGCGAGGGGAUGUGGCACAGCAGGCCCAGUCCGUCAGUCAUGACCUGAGAUCUCGUAUGCGGGACAUGGAGCAGGAGCUCCACCAUGAGAGACUGGACCGCAGAGACGUCAGUGCAGGUUGGUGGAAGGGAACAAUCUCAAACACACACAUUCACCUACGCGGAUACGCACGCACACGUGCGCACACACACACACACACACACCAGGGAGUCCUUAAACAAGCAUGUUUCAAAGGCCUACAAUACCCAUGCUGUCCAUAAGUGCUCUAUUAUGAUUCUAUCCUUCUAUCCUAUUCGACAAGAACUGUUUGGGAUCUUCAAACAGCUGCAAAGGAAGAUUCUUUAUUAUGAACCUCUCGUCUUCUUUUGAUAUCAUAUUCUCAAAGUUACUAAGGUUAAAGGGACGUUAGGGGUGUUUUUCAAUAUGCAUACUACCGUGCUCCACACUCUCAUGCUCCGAGUGCAUUCUCCGACCAGAGUAUGGAGAAUGCAUAAAACAAUACAUUUGAGAAGCACUCGCACUCCCCUUACUGUAUUACCUCACGCUUCACCUCCCCAUUCACUGAACCUUCUUCCAAGAUGUACACAAAGCAAACGUUUUACUUCCUAAUUAUCAGCUAGAUAUGUGAAUCGUAAUAAUCUAGCUAGUAAUAAUCUAACCUGUAAUUUAAAUGGAUUUUUAUUUGCAUUUCAUGUAAUGGACAUACACAAAAUAGUCCAAAUUGGUGAAGUGGAAUUUAAAAAAUUACUUGUUUCAAAAAAUUCUAAAAAAUAAAUAACGGAAAAGUGGUGCGUGCAUAUGUAUUCAUCCCCUUUUCUGUGAAGCCCCUAAAUAAGAUCUGGUGCAACCAAUUACCUUCAGAAGUCACAUAAUUAGUCAAAUAAAGUCCACCUGUGUGCAAUCUAAGUGUGACAUGAUCUGUCACAUGAUCUCAGUAUAUAUACACACCUGUUCUGAAAGGCCCCAGAGUCUGCAACACCACUAAGCAAGGGGCACCACCAAGCAAGCGGCACCAUGAAGACCAAGGAGCUCUCCAAACAGGUCAGGGACAAAGUUGUAGAGAAGUACAGAUCAGGGUUGGGUUAUAAACAACUAUCAGAAACUUUGAACAUCCCACGGAGCACCAUUAAAUCCAUUAUUAAAAAAUGGAAAGAAUAUAGCACCACAACAAACCUGCCAAGAGAGGGCUUCCAACCUUAACUCACGGACCAGGCAAGGAGUGCAUUAUUCAGAUAGGCAACAAAGAGACCAAAGAUAACCCUGAAGGAGCUGCAAAGCUCCACAGCAGAGAUUGGAGUAUCUGUCCAUAGGACCACUUUAAGCCGUACACUCCACAGAGCUAGGCUUUAUGGAAGAGUGGCCAGAAAAAAGCCAUUGCUUAAAGAAAGAAAUAAGCAAACACGUUUGGUGUUUGCCAAAAGUAAUGUGGGAGACUCCCCAAACAUAUGGAAGAAGGUACUCUGGUCAGAUGAGACUAAAACUGAGCUUUUUGUCCAUCAAGGAAAACGCUAUGUCUGGCGCAAACCCAACACCUCCCAUCCACGCUGUGGGGAUGUUUUUCAUCGGCAGGGACUGCAAAACUGGUCAGAAUUGAAGGAAUAAUGGAUGGCGCUAAAUACAGGGAAAUUCUUGAGGGAAACCUGUUUCAGUCUUCCAGAGAUUUGAGACUGGGACGGAGGUUCACCUUCCAGCAGGACAAUGACCCUAAACAUACUGCUAAAGCAACACUCUAGUGGUUUAAGGGGAAAUAUUUAAAUGUCUUGGAAUGGCCUAGUCAAAGCCCAGACCUCAAUCCAAUUGAGAAUCUGUGGAUGACUUAAAGAUUGCUGUACACCAGCGGAACCCAUCCAACUUGAAGGAGCUGGAGCAGUUUUGCUUUGAAGAAUGGGCAAAAAUCCCAGUGGCUAGAUGUGCCAAGCUUAUAGAGACAUACCCCAAGAUACUUGCAGCUGUAAUUGCUGCAAAAGGUGGCUCUACAAAGUAUUGACUUUGGGGGGGGUGAAUAGUUAUGCAUGCUCAAGUUUUCUGUUUUUUUGUCUUAUUUCUUGUUUGUUUCACAAUAAAAAAUAUUUUGCAUCUUCAAAGUGGUAGGCAUGCUGUAUAAAUCAAAUGAUUCAACCCCCCCCAAAAAUCCAUUUUAAUUCCAGGUUGUAAGGCAACAAAAUAGGACAAAUGCCAAGGGGGGGAUGAACACUUUCUCAAGCCACUGUAGCUAGCCAGUUAGCCCUAUUGACUUGUUAUGGGCUUGCGAUCUACGGUACGUAGGCAGGUAAACAUGCCAAAACUAACACAGCAUGUAUUUAUUAAAGUAUCAAGAUAAAAUAUUGUAGUAUUCAGUCAACAUAUGAGAUGUGAAUAGGCAACAUUUCAUUCCAAAGUCGGAGAGUAUUUUCUCUCGCUUCAGCUCAAAUAAUGUCCGCCAUUGAUUUCAAGAAAUGUUGCUUAAUUUUUUAUGUGGUUGCGUCAUAUUUCUUUGCAUACUUUCUGUUGAAACUUGCAUCGAUAUGUACAAACGUGCCCUCCGUGCUCCGUUUUCGCAUACUUUGAUUUGGACUCAUACUCCGACCCUCCCGUGCUCCAAUUUGCGAGCACGGUAGUAUGCAUUUUGAGAAACACCCUAGGUCUCUUGAAAAGCACUUAAAAUAAAAUGUAAUUAUUUAUUAUUAUUAGGGUGCUCUUUAGGUAAAACUGUCAUACCUUGCAGAUCUCACCCGUCAGUAUAAGACCAUGCAAACAGACAUGACAGUCAAAGUGAAAAAGCUGGGGGAUGAGGCCAUUUUGCUGCGAGAACAGCUUGGUAAGCUAUUGCACACAUGUAAGCUUCCUACAGUAUAUCCAGUUAAUUCAAGCUGCAACAAGUGUUGUUUUAGUAAGAAUCAGAUACAUUGUAAGUGAUGACUGUUUGUGCGUAAUGUGUGUGGGUGUCUGUCUGUGCUCAGCUCAGUGUCAGGAGGAGUUGAGGACAGAAAGGAGAGCACAUGAGCAGUUGCAGCAGGAGAAGGAUACCACAAUAGCUGACUUACAAAACAAACUGGACAACAUGGAGACCGACUAUGAGAAGAUUCUGCAUGUGAGUGAACUGAUUUCAGCUUAUCAAAGAGGGCUUACGUUGUAACAUCACAGGGAACGAGUAUGAAAGGAAUGCAAACACAUUUGUCAGUUGCCUGAAGAAAAUGAAUGUCAGGCAAUGAUAUUGAUGCUGUGCAUAACUUUUGCUACCACUGAUUAUAUCUUCGAUAACAAUGUAUGCUAUAUAUGUGAAAACGUUUGAGAGAAAAUAAUAUAUGUACACUACCGGUCAAAAGUUUUAGAACACUUACUCAUUCAAGGGUUUUUCUUUAUUUUUUACUAUUUUCUACAUUGUAGAAUAAUAGUGAAGACAUCAAAACUAUGAAAUAACACAUAUGGAAUCAUGUAGUAACCAAAAAAGUGUUAAACAAAUCAAAAUAUAUUUUAUAUUUGAGAUUCUUCAAAUAGCCACCCUUUGCCUUGAUGACAGCUUUGCACACUCUUGGCAUUCUCUCAACCAGCUUUACCUGGAAUGCUUUUCCAACAGUCUUGAAGGAGUUCCCACAUGUGCUGAGUUCCCACAUAUGUUGGCUGCUUUUCCUUCACUCUGCGGUCCAACUCAUCCCAAACCAACUAAAUUUGUUUGAGGUCGGGGGAUUGUGGAGGCCAGGUCAUCUGAUGCAGCACUCCAUCACUCUCCUUUUUGGUAAAAUAGCCCGUACACAGCCUGGAGGUGUGUUGGGUCAUUGUCCUAUUGAAAAACAAAUGAUAGUCCCACCAAGCCCAAACAAGAUGGGAUGGCGUAUCGCUGCAGAAUGCUGUGGUAGCCAUGCUGGUUAAGUGUGCCUUGAAUUCUAAAUAAAUCACAGACAGUGUCACCAGCAAAGCACCCCCACACCAUAACAACUCCUCCUCCAUGCUUUACGGUGGGAACUACACAUGCGGAGAUAAUCCGUUCACCCACACCACGUCUCACAAAGAUACGGCGGUUGGAACCAAAAAUCUCCAAUUUGUACUCCAGAACAAAGGACACAUUUCCACCAGUCUAAUGUCCAUUGCGUGUGUUUCUUGGCCCAAGCAAGUCUCUUCUUAUUAUUGGUGUCCUUUAGUAGUGGUUUCUUUGCAGCAAUUCGACCAUGAAGGCCUGAUUCACACAGUCUUCUCUGAAUAGUUGAUGUUGAGAUGUGUCUGUUACUUGAACUCUGUGAAGCAUUUAUUUGGGCUGCAAUUUCUGAGGCUGGUAACUCUAAUGAACUUAUCCUCUGCAGCAGAGGAAACUCUGGGUCUUCCAUUCCUGUGGUGGUCCUCAUGAGAGCCAGUUUCAUCAUAGUGCUUGAUGGUUUUUGCGACUGCACUUGAAGAAACUUUCAAAGUUCUUGAAAUGUUAAAUAUUGACUGACCUUCAUGUCUUAAAGUAAUGAUUGACUGUCGUUUCUCUUUGCUUAUUUGAGCUGUUCUUGCCAUAAAAUGGACUUGGUAUUUUACCAAAUAGGGCUAUCUUCUGUAUACCCCCCCCCUACAUUGUCAAAACACAACUGAUUGGCUCAAAUGCAUUAAGAAGGAAAUACAUUCCACAAAUUAACUUUUAAGAAGGCACACCUGUUCAUUGAAAUGCAUUCCAGGUGACUACCUCAUGAAAAUGGUUGAGAGAAUGCCAAGAGUGUGCAAAGCUGUCAUCAAGGCAAAGGUUGGCUAUUUGAAGAAUCUCAAAUAUAAAAUAUAUUUUGAUUUGUUGAACAUUUUUUUGGUUACUACAUGAUUCCAUAUGUGUUAUUUCAUAGUUUUGAUGUCUUCACUAUUAUUCUACAAUGUAAAAUUUUUUAAAAAUAAAGAAAAACCCUUGAAUGAGUAGGUGUUCUAAAAGUUUUGACCGGUAGUGUAUGUCUUGUUUUCUCUUCAUGAGAAUGAUUCCCAGUGUGUUUCCCAAAUGGCACCCUUUUCCCUGUAAGGUGCACUACUUGGCUCUGGUCAAAAGAAGGCAAUAGAAUGUUAUUUGGGACACACACCCUCUCUCUGAUAUAACAAUUCUUGAUUGACCCCUACCAGGACACUUUGGACAGUUUGACUUCCCACCUGGCUGAUGCUCGACUGCGGUGGGAGGAUGAGAGUACUGUUGUCCAUCAGGAAUACAAAGAGCUGCUCUCUGACUUUGGCUUGAACUCACUGGACAUCUGAAAGGCUCUUAUUAUGUAUCCAGGGCGCGUAUGUGUCAAGCAUCUCAGAGUUGGAGUGUUGAUCUAGGAUCAGUUU